GGCACAGCGCGGGGCCUUGAGGUGUUAACGAGGUUGGGUUCAGUUGUGGGCUGGUUUAAAAGUCGUUAAGGAGCCGGUAGUGCCGCCCUCCCGGCAACAGCCGCGUCGCUGUUCACCCUGCUCUGGUCUGCUGUCCAGAAGGCCUUUCAGCCCACGGCUUUACUGUGGCCAGGCCUGCGGACAGCCACGCGUGGGCAUCUGUGCUGGGGAAAGCAGACGAAUUAUUCUGUCUCUGAAAUAACAGUGAAGUGCUUUCUGUGCCUGGGAUUACGGUGAAGUCCUGCUAAAAACAAACAAACAAAACCCCAAACAUUAAUCAGUCCUACAAAUCUAGGUUCUUCAAAGACAUUUAGAGCAAUUCUUGCAGUAGUAACAUGGCAUGUUGGACACGGAAAGGCAACUUGGCUUUUAUCAAAAGCUGUCAUCAAGUGUUCAGGUUGUGUAAAUCUGCCUUUCCACUAUUGACUUAAUUGGAGCUACAAUAACAUAAGUUAAUUGAGGGACUGAUCACUUGAUUUCUCCAAGUUCAUAGAAUGUAAUUACAGUAUCAUAAAAUGUAUGCCAGUUCAUAUAAUGUUUCCUAAUAAUAUACUGCUCUUUCUGUGAAUCUCCAUCUGAGCUUGUGAAUGUGUGUAUAUAUACUUAUAUAUAUACACAACACUAAAAUUAGGUUUAACUUGUUCUUCUCUAUAUCAAAUUGUUUUGAGAUGGUAAGUUAUUAGGGAGAUUAUGAAUUUUGCUUUCAAGAUUUGGAGCUAAUUUUUACAUUUUGGCUAAAUCAUGUUUUCUCAAACAUUGAAAUGGCACUGAUUUUGCUUAAGUAAGUGUGCAUAGGACAAGGAAAAUUUUAGGCAUUCUUUGGUGGUUUUCUUUCUGCAGACCUUUUAAAUGCAAGUGUGUAUUAAAUUAAUGGGACUGUGUGUUUCACAUCCUCAGGUUUAUGUGCCAACAUCAACUUUACAGGAAAUUUAGCAAAAAGAAAAAAGAUGGUCUCUUCCUAUACUAGUUGUUUUCUUCUUCCGCCUCCUCUUUCUAGGAGGUGUCCAGUGAAUUGAGCAUGGAAAUUCAUUUGGGUGGGAUGACAAGUAGCUUUUUUUUCUUUCUCCACCUCCUGGUUCGCUGUCCCUAAGAUCAGUGCUCUGAUUUUGCUCAUGAAGCAGCCAUGUGAAUGCUCAAACUGCUGAGAGAGCCAGAAACUAGGGGCUCAGGGAACAUUAGAGUGCCUUCAAAGGCCGUAGUGUUGGCUUAGCAAAACUAUACCAUUGAUAGUUUCAGCAGCUCCACUGACCUGCAAUGUGGAAGGGCAUAGAAGUGGGAAAACUAUAGUACUGAAGUGUACAAAUGGAGCUUUCCCAAAAUACAAUGAUAAGUGUUUGAACACGGCACGUGUCUAAGUAUGCAGUCUGCUAAUAUGCUUCUGAAAAAAAUUGUAAAAAGUUCUGUCCUUCCAUUUGCUGCACAACAUGGGAUGAAAAAGGAUUUCUUUCUACUCACUAGAACAUUGAGUUUAUCACCUUGCCUGAAGCAGGACAAUUCAUGCAAUCCCACAGAAAAACUAGAUUUAGAUGCGUGGAAGAAGGUAAUGAAGUCUGGGUUGCAAGAAGAAGUCAGUGAGAUGGUCUCUGAGCAUAAGGAGCUUUCCACUUUGACUGCUGCACGUGAGAUUUUGGAGAUGUGGAGACUAGCUGGCAGAUUGGUUCCAGAAAGUAUCAGUGAAGAACAGUUAAAAACCUUUAUGGAAUGUCCUUCCAAGUCAGCAAAAAAGAAGUAUUUAAAAUAUUUGCAUCUCAAAGAACUCCACAAGAAAAAUGAGAUAAGAAAGAUGGAGGAGAAAAGGGAAAGGAGGCUGAAAACACAAGAGCAAGGUUCAAAACCUAACGAGACCAAAAGGAAUUCAUUCAUGUGUUUGUGGGCCAACGGUAUGGACAGAGCAUACAGUUGGAGGGUUGCUCAGUCUAUGGUCUUUGGCCAACCUCUAGUAUUUGACAUGUCUUAUGAAAAAGAUAUGUCCAUCCGAGAAGUUGCAAACACCGUGAGACAGAUAGUGUUCAGUGAAGGCUGCAAUCGAAAAUCUGCAGAUCCCUUCCACAUCCACUUCUGUAACUUGAAAGAUGACAGCCUCUAUCAUAGGGAAUUCAUCAGGCAUUAUAGCAAGGCAUGGGACAAAUUGCUUGUCACUGUAACAGAACAGUGCUACACAGAAAUCUUUCCAAAGGAGAAGCUGAUUUAUCUGACUGCUGAUUCUCCCAAAGUAAUGAAAACAUUCGAUCAUGAUAAAAUCUAUAUUAUUGGGUCAAUGGUUGACAAGAGCAUAAAAACAGGAGUCUCUUUAGCACGGGCAAAGCGAUUGGGGCUGGAGACUGCGGCCCUUCCAUUGGAGAAGUACUUGCUUUGGAAUACUGGUGCCAAAAAUCUCACACUGGAUCAAAUGAUGCAUAUUUUAUUAACCCUGAAAGAUACUGGAGACUGGAAGAAGGCUCUGGAAUUUGUUCCAAAAAGGAAAUAUUGUGGAUUCGUAAGCAAGCCGGUGCAUGAACUGAAAAAAACUUUAAACUUGAUCAACACACUUAAACUUGGAAAGAGGCAGGAAGAAGUAGGGAAGCAAUUUGCCAAGAACUACUCAAAGAAGUUAACGCAAAAGUAGAGUGAUGGAGAAGAGAAUGAUUUAUUAUGAACAAACUGUGCUCUUGAAUGCUCCAGUUUUUUGGGACUCUUGGAACUGUAUUGAGCUCUUUAAACAUGACUUUGUUGGUUAAUUUUGACCAUUGUUAGGGAUUUUUUUUUAACACCUUAGUAUUCCAACUGUUUGUGUUUAUUCAGACAUUAUCGAAAUUCUGUACGAGAAAUGAGAUAAUUGCUUCUAAAAAACUACUCUGCACAAA